AUGGCGGCCCACCAACCAACGCCGUCAUCCGACCACUCGCACUCCGGUGAUCUUCGUCAGCACGUGUGCAAGGCUUGCGAUCGCUGCCGCCUGAAGAAGUUUAAGGUAUGUGACCCGUCACCAUACGUUGAAAUGCUCGAGGAACAGCAAAUGUGGCUUAUUCACGACCUAAAAGAAUUGUACCGCCGCAGCAUAGAUUUGAGCGGACCGCCAGGCCAGCCUUCGCCAAAUGGUUACCCGCUCAUCCAUGACCUGCUUAUGCGGCUUGGCACUCUCGAUAAUUUCGAAGGCGAAAGAUUUGGAGACAAUCCGGGAAAGUGGCAGAUGGAGCAUUGGCGCAACGGCAUGCCGAAAAUCCACUGGCCAGCACAAACGUAUCCUCAACAGCUGGCCCAGGUGCUCUCAAGCUGUCCUGCUGACGUUAUUUCACGGCGGACUGUGUCGCCGAUUAUACGCACCGGCAGCCCAACCUUCUGCACCUCUCCCUUGGGAAACAUAGAAAAAAACCCUAAAAACACCAAGUCCACGCUACAAAGUACGCUCACGGCGCAGUCCCAACGCUCUAUAUACGUGCAGGAGUGGGUCGACCCGUUUGAAAUACAAGAUAAACCACAGUGGUCCCCGGAUAGCGUCAUGCUCAAAUCAUUCGACGAGAUAGACGUCGUGCGCUCACUGGAUUCUGUUCCUCUCAAAUUCGACAAAUUUAUUCCGUUCCCAAUGUUCUUGCCAGAUUCCCAAGAAUUUUUUACACGCUAUAAGUACAAGGACUUUAACAAUCUUCUAGGACCGGAAUCCGACCCCGAUCCUUCGUCCUACUCACGGACUCAGCAAAUGUCCAAUUGA